UCGGUCCCCUCAACCUUCAGAUCUGUACAUCCCACUAUGCUUUGCGAUGGUCUGACAAGUGGAUCCAAGAUGGCGUAGAAAGUAAAGCUAGACGGUUUGUCCCUGAGUCAUGGCGGACAGGAGAGCGGAGAAGUCAUGUGAAGAAGCCAGUAGAUCGUUAGCCAGGCGGGAGUACGAGGCGGCAGUCAACCAUAGCACGGAUGCCCUGGUGGUCCUUGCACCCCAACCCCCAUCCUCCAGCACCCCUGUCCCGCUGAGCCCUCCAUCCAUUGCCACCACUGCCGGACCCCUCCGCAGCCGUGCCCUGCUCUACCGAAUUGCUGCCUUCUUGCAGCUGAAAAACUAUGAUGAAGCAGAUGAAGACUGCAAACAUGUCCUGGCAGAAGAAAUUGCCAGGGGAGAUGGUUCACUACAGGCGAACUUGCGCUCCAUGCUGUUGGAUGGCAGCCUGCAGGAGGUGGCCAGCAUCCUCUCUAAAGCCUUGUAUGGAGAGCCAAUGAAUGGCAUUGUUGCAAAAGACCUGACCAGAUUAAAAAUGCUCUUCUCUGAAAUAGAGGCUGUAAAAGGAGAGAUGGUACCCGAAUACACAGAUGACCAGGAUGAAGAGGUCCAAGAUGGCUGGCAGUUCCGACCUCCUCCUAGAGGAGUCACGAGCAGUGAGGAGUACACUCUAUGUAAAAGGUACUUGGAGCAGGGUCUGUGCCGGUACGGGGCCCAGUGUACAUCAGCUCACUCGCAGGAGGAGCUUAUGGAGUGGCAGAAGCGCUAUGCUUCACGCCUCAUCCGCCUCAAACAGCAACAGGAGAGCAAACACUUCACCGAAAACUACAUGGAGACCUUAAUAGAGAAGUGGAUGAACUCACUUUCUCCAGAGAAAGUACUAAGUGACUGUUUAGAAGGAGUGAAUGUAGAGACCAGCUCCAGCCUCUCUGUCACCGUCACCACCAAAAAAUCCUCCCACUCCUGGAUCUUUUCCUUGUUGUGCAAGCCACCUAGAAAAUUGUACCGCAUUGCUCUGCUCUACGAUGCCCACCGACCACACUUCUUCAUCACGGGCGUGUCAGCUGGGGAGCGGCUUCAGGCCGUUCCCAAAAGCUGCCAAGAGUGGACUCCAGGAGAGGAGACGGCAGUGGCAGCAGACAACGGCCUGGACCACUGUGUCUACAAGGUUGCAGUUGGCUUCAGCACAGAGAUCUUUGGUACCUUUCGACAGACUAUUGUUUUUGACUUCGGCUCAGAACCUGUGCUGAUGCAGCGGAUCAUGGUGGAUGCUGCCUCUAUUGAAGAUUUAGAGCACCUGAUGGCAGCCAGACAGCAGCUCUUGAUGACUGCAAAACGAUGGGACUCAUCCUGUAAGACCAUUGUUGAAUUCAGUCCCAAUGAGACGAUGGCUGAACUGGAGCGCAGCCUCCUUUCACGCUAUCAGAUACCUCUGUCGGCUGACCAGCUCUUCACCCAGUCAGUCCUUGACAAGACUCUGACCAAAGACAACUACCAGGCUCGACUGCACGACCUGCUCUACAUAGAAGAGAUUGCACAAUAUAAAGAAGUUAGCAAGUUUAACAUCAAGGUGAACCUGCAGCUGGUCACUAGCUUUAUGCUGACUGGCAUUUCUGUUGGAGCAAAGUAUGCUCAGAAUGGACAGCUCUUUGCACGCUUCAAACUCAAUGAAACACUUUCUGAGGACACACUAGCUGGGCGGCUAGUAAUGACCAAGGUAAAUUCAGUUCUGCUGCUGCCUUUGGGCCGUGAAGGGGUCAACAGCCAGCCGCCACCUGGGGUUAAAGAGCGUGUUUAUGAGGCUGUGAUUGAGGAGAAGACUAAGGAUUACAUCUUCCUAAGGAUCUGCAAGGACUGCUGUGACGAGUUGGGGCUACAGCCUGACAGAGAACUACAGGUGGAGCUCCAGUUCCAGCUGAACAGACUGCCACUCUGUGAGAUGCACUAUGCCUUGGAUCGCAUCAGAGAUAAUACCAUCCUUUUCCCUGAUGUUAGCCUUGUACCCACUAUCCCCUGGAGCCCCAACAGGCAAUGGGAUGAGCAGUUGGAUCCCCGUCUGAAUGCCAAACAGAAAGAGGCCAUCCUGGCAAUCACCACACCCAUCUCUGUCUCCCUGCCCCCAAUCCUUAUCAUCGGGCCCUAUGGUACCGGCAAGACCUUCACCCUGGCGCAGGCUGUUAAGCACAUCCUCCGCCAGGACCACAGCAGGGUCCUGAUCUGCACCCACUCCAACAGUGCGGCUGACCUUUACAUUAAGGACUACCUUCAUCCUUAUUUUGAAGCAGGCAAUCAGCAUGCCAGACCUCUCAGGGUAUACUUCAGGAACCGCUGGGUGAAGACGGUCCACCCAGUGGUCCAGCAGUACUGUCUCAUCUCCAGCACACAGGUCACUUUCCAGAUGCCCACAAGGGAGGACAUCCUCAGGCACCGCGUGGUGGUGGUCACCCUCAGCACCUCCCAGUACCUCUGCCAGCUUGACUUGGAGCCUGGUUUGUUCACCCAUAUCCUACUGGAUGAAGCGGCCCAGGCCAUGGAGUGUGAAACCAUCAUGCCUUUUGCUCUAGCUAGCAAGACAACCCGCAUCGUGUUGGCCGGAGACCACAUGCAGCUCAGUCCAUUUGUGUACAGCGAGUUUGCACGGGAGCGCAACCUGCACGUGUCCCUACUGGACCGACUGUAUGAGCACUACCCCCCUGAAUUCCCCUGUCGUAUUCUCCUAUGCGAGAACUACCGCUCCCAUGAAGCUAUCAUCAACUACACAUCAGAAUUGUUUUAUGACGGGAAGCUAAUGGCAAGUGGGAAGCAGCCCUCCCAUAAAGACUUCUACCCUCUGACCUUCUUCACAGCAAGAGGAGAAGAUGUCCAGGAGAAGAAUAGCACUGCCUACUACAACAAUGCUGAGGUUUUUGAGAUUGUGGAACGGGUGGAAGAGUUGCGCAAAAAGUGGCCAGUAGCCUGGGGUAAGCUGGAUGAAGGCAGCAUUGGGGUGGUGUCACCAUACGCUGACCAGGUGUUCCGCAUUCGUGCUGAGCUACGAAAGAAGAGAAUGCCUGAGGUCAGCGUGGAAAGAGUGCUGAAUGUCCAAGGUAAACAGUUCCGGGUGCUGUUCCUUAGCACGGUGCGUACGCGGCACACCUGCAAGCACAAGCAAACUGCCAUCAAGCGCAAAGAGCAGCUGGUUGAGGACUCAACAGAGGACCUUGACUAUGGUUUCCUGUCCAACUACAAGCUGUUAAAUACAGCCAUCACCAGAGCCCAGUCCCUGGUUGCAGUUGUUGGAGACCCCAUAGCACUAUGUUCUGUUGGGCGCUGCAGAAAAUUUUGGGAGCACUUUAUUUCCAUUUGCCAUGAAAACUCGAGCCUACAUGGCAUCACCUUUGAGCAGAUUAAGGCUCAGCUGGAGGCCCUGGAGCUCAAAAAGACCUAUGUCCUCAACCCGCUGGCCCCAGAGUUCAUCCCCCGUGCCCUUAGGCCCCUGCAAGGACACCACACCUCUUCACAGGCCCUCCAUCCCCACCAUCAUCCACAUCCUCAGCAUACACAGCCAGCCUCUAACAAGCAGGGUCCCCAGCAGCAACAGCAGUCACCUCCUAAGGGGAAACAUGCAAACCAUGCAGAGCACCUCCCACCUGAAGGAUAUGUCCAACCAAACCCAACAGUAUUGAUGGGAAACCCUAUCCGAGCAUUCACACCACCUUUGGGUGGCACACCAGCUGGUAUGGGCAAGUCACCCAGUCCUGUGCAGCGGAUAGAUCCUCACACAGGUGCCAGUAUCCUCUACGUUCCAGCUGUAUAUGGUGGAAACAUGGUCAUGCCCAUGCCCCUGCCUUUGCCCUGGCCAGGUUACCAGAAUCGCUUUGCGGUGGACCCUCGCAUCAUGGGUCAUCCAGCAGCCAUGGCCUACAACUUUAAUCUUCUGCAGCCACCAAAUCGAGGCUCCCCCAUUCCUUAUAGUGGGGUGGCACACCCCUCUCCUCUAGGAUUGGCCCAGCCGAGCCCUGACAAAGAGCCGUCUGACCCUAUCAGAAAUGGUAAAUUAGAAGGAUGCUCAAAGUCAGAGCAGAACCAUCUUCAGACGCCAGAGAGAAAAAACACAGACAUGAAGGAAAAACAGGGAGAUUUAGACACGGGCCAAAGUCGAAGUCUGGAUUCACAGACAGAAGGCCUAGUUGGAUUUCCCAACUCCAUGCUCCAUCGAAAAGACCCCUCAGCUGCCCAAAGACCCCUUAACUACCACCUUGCACCACCUGCUCCAGCUUUUCCUUCAAAUACAGUCAGUGGAAGACCCUUCCCUCAGCAGUUUCCAGUCACUAGGCUUCCUUAUCGGGUUAGCCACCCUCAACACCCAGGGAUGGCCCAACAAAGUCAGCAGCAGCAACAGCAGCUCAGUCCUGCCUACACUGGUGGAAGUCAUAAUGCUUCUUUUUUCAGUGGCCCUAUACCCACUCACAGAUCUGUCCAGUCCCCGACUUUGAAUGGGCCAGAGUCUGGAGGAGUGGAGGAGAUAAGUAGCUCUGUUAGGACUCCGAUGGGCCACCCAGGAGGCCACCACUCAGGCCUGUCACAGCAUAACAGGGUCAGCAGCUUUGGGGAAGAUGGACAGGAUGGAAACCCAGGAGAUGGUUUGGACCUCCAGGGAUCCUUGGCUCUAGAGGCCCUUAGCCAACAGCAGCAGCAGGCAGCGAGGCUGGGCCAGUGGGGGGAGGCAGCAGGCCCUUUCCUCCAGGGCAGUGUUGCCUUUCCUCUGCCCCAACAGCUUGCCCACCUUGCUCAGUCUAACAUGGCUCGCUUUCCGCAUCAGCUUCUCCGGGCAGGUAACUGGGGCCUUAGUUCCAAUCUGGAUGAUGAUGCUGUUGCUUCUGCCUCAGCUGGGCCAACUUUCAACAGGUACCCAGGCCUCUUGAGAGAGAUAACGCCACAGGAACAGCCUGAGCCCAGGGAAGCCCCUGAGAUGCAGCCCCCACCUCAGUCUCGCCUCCUCCAGUAUCGCCAGUCCCAGCCCCAGCCCCAGCCCCGUGGCUCAGGUGACCAUUCGUCCUCUUUAGCCACCAUUUCCAAUCAAGCUGGCCCUUUUCCGUCAGGACUCUACUCCCAUGACACAGGUCGGGAUUUACUUAACGAAAACCUGCUUAACAACCAAGCUUUGCAGCAGCACCCAGGGAAUCCCCUGUACAAUACUGGUAGCUUCCCACAUCAGCCGCCAGCUCAGUCUGCCAGCCCUCCUCCCUCCCAGGUCAAAUACCUUCUGCAAGAGGCCCAGUGGUCCCAUGGUGGAGCUACAUCAGUGAGCCCCCCUCAGCAGAACCACCUGAUGGGGAACCAGGGCCAUGGCCUUCCUUAUGGACUGCCCAUCAUGGCUCACCCUAGCAGGCAGGAGCAGGUCCACCUGAUGCAACUUCACCAUCAGCACCAGCAGCAGCAGCAGCAGCAACAACAACAACAGCAACAACACCAACAAAAUCAAGGUCCAGAUCAGGAGCCCUAUCAUCCAUUAUCCCCCAGAACAUCAGCAGCCACAGCACAUCACAGUGUAGAUGAGUAUGAACCCAGAGGUCCAGGUCGGCCCCUCUAUCAGCGCCGCAUCUCCUCCAGCUACCCAGAUGAAUCAUCUCCAGCCAACACCCACAAUGCUCUGUCACAGCAAUCCCAGCCUUGUACAUCAGAUACCCAGGACCACCCUCAUGCUCACAUACAGCAUCAUCAGCACCCACAUGCCCCAUACACUUAUCCUUCACAUGACCACCUCUGGCCCAGCAAUGGAGGGGGUCCCGGUCCGUUUCAGAACAUUCCAUGUAACGGAGCCGGCACACUCGGUCAGCAUCGGGACCUUCUAGCUACCAAGACCCUUCGUCAGGUAGAGGAGCAGGCAAAGGCAGAAGCCACAGGAGCACAGCAGACACAUCCACACUCCCUCAACUCGCUCCAGCAUCAGUUUCCUCCUCUUAUGCCCAACAAUAAGCAGCAGCAGCAGCCUCAGCCACCCACAGAGUCCAACCAGGGGGCUCCAAAUUUAGGCAAACAACCUACCAUGUCCUACGCGAGCGCCCUUCGUGCUCCGCCUAAGCCCCGAGCUGUUCGACCUGAACAGGUCAAAAAGAACAGCGACCCUCUCUCCCUCCUACAAGAGCUGAGUAUAGGAAGUUCAAAUGGUAGCAAUGGGUACUAUUCCUAUUUUAAAUGAGUGUCACUUCUCCCACAUAAGUGACAAGUACUAAUAAAAAAAUACAAAAAACAAAAAAAAACCUUUAAAAAAAAACCCAAAACAAAUAAAGAAAAUUAAUUUAAAAAAAGGCAAAAUCGUUUCUAAAAAAUACACAAAAAUAGUGCAAAGUGCAUUUAAAAUUGUUUCUAUCAGUAGGUUGGUUUUCUGCAUUUUGUUUCAUUUUAACUUUUUAUUUUUAACAGUCUUUUACCCCCAUCCUAUUUCACAUAUCUGUGAAGAAAAUAAGUAUAUAUAAUGAAUGCAUUACUGGUAUAUAUACAUACUCAAUAUGUAUAUAUGAAUAUAUACUUAUAUUAUCUACACUUGUAUAUGUACGUAAUGCUUAAAAAAAAUAAAAAAAAAUAAAAAAAAAAUGGUGAGAGUUGGUUGACCACUUAGCUACCCGCUUGUUUUUUUCCUUAUUGAAAUUGGUUUUGAGAAAUAAGUAUGUUGAUGUUUUUAUGAAUUUUUUUUUUUUUUUUAUUCCUCAGUUUUGAGUGGACAUUACUUUUUGAUUUUCAUACUACUGUAGAUGUAAUGGACAAAAGCUAAGUGGUCAACUGACACAGAAACUACAUGGAACAGUGUAUAGAAGUAGAUAAAUUUUCCUCUAAUAUGUACAUAUAAAGAAAAUAAAAGACUGAAUUGUAUGCCACAGACAUGUCCUUAAAUUCCUGUAUCAUGCUAGCAUUUGCGUUAUAAGUUGUUUUCUGUUUUCAGCUUCUGAUCUUUAAUUCUUAGACAUCCUUACCUGGGAAUCAUCUUCAGUGAAUUUAGUAGAAAAUGUGAUUAUUUAUGGGGGAAAAAAAAUACAAAUAUUGAUUGCAUAUUUUACCUUUUACCAGCGUCUCAUCAGCUAAAAUGCUGCGUGAACAUGUCAGAACAGCAACAGCCAUUUCAUUCCUCCUCUGUUUGCUUUAAAGAUCAGAGAACACCAGACAUCACUUUCAGUGAUAAGAUUAUCCUAAACUGUUUUACUUGUGGCUGACGCACAGUUACAUGAAGUUUUUGUUGUUGUUGUUGGUUUUAUUUUAUUUUUAUUCUUUGUUUAAGACAGUCAUUAUUAUAUUGUGAACUUGCUUUGCAGCUCAUGUCCACCAGUAUGUCAGCAGAUUUUUGCCAGUGACAUUGCUUCAGUGUAACUACUGGAGAUGUGAAACGGACAGAGUUUUUAUUGUUUUGUUGGAACAGGUCGCAGUACUCUGAAGGUUUGUGCAAGUGAAAGAGCGGUGAGUUCAGAGUAGUGUUGUAAUAGGCGAGCUGAAACUGAGAAGGUGAUCUAUAAUUGCAGUCAGAUGUUUUUGAACACAAUUAUUGGUCUUAGGUAUGUUGUAACUUAGGAGUAAACACCCUGAAAUUUGAAAAUGAAUGUCGUAGGUGCGAAACCUUUUUUUUUUUUUUUUUUUUUAUUUGGUGGGGCUUCUUUAUUUACUUGGAAAUCAAUGAAAUCCAAGUCACUGAUGAUAGGCCCAUCUGUUACACAUAACUUUAUCUCAGAGAUGUUUUGCAGUUUCUCAGCUUUUAGCCACUUAGUUUUAGGCCAGAAUAUUCAAAGGUUUUUCAUUUGUUAGGAAUAAAUAACCAUUUAUGUCUUUGGAUUUGUCUCAUUUGAAAAUGCUUCCACCACAAACAUUGAUCAGCAGUCAGCAGCUUUUCCCAUGUCCUGGAUAUUUUCUCAUUUCAGAAUAUGUCAUUUCAACCUUUAAAACGACUGAAAAGAAUAAUGAAAAGUGACAUAAAACUCAAGUAUUCUGUUCAGAAACUUUUGACUGUUUUGCUUUUAGGCUGUGAAUAAGAAGAAUGAAUUGGAAGUGUUACAGAUGUUCCUCAUGGUUCACAGAACCUUUUAAAUCUGAUUAGAUAUAUUAAUGUUAAUACAGUAGAUCUGUUUCAUUCUCUUUUAAUUUAGCUGAAAUAGCUCUAAUCAUGCUUUGCAUUUUGCUGCGGCAACAUUUUUCUAUACAUCUAAUGUCCUAAUAUAACACAAGCUGAAUCGUGCCCAUAAGUUACUUAAAAUUAGUUGACACAUAACAGCAACACACAUACAUGCACAUGAAUUUUACUUGAAAUCCUGAUGAUUUGAGUCACGUGGAAGUGAAAUCUAAAAAGACACUCAUACACUGUAGCUGCUAAUUUUUUAUUUAAUUUUUUUAAAUUUCAUGAUAAAGGCAAUAGUGGCAACAGUAGUCCAGUGCUUGGUCCUGUCGUUUAAUUCAUGAAUUGUUAACACAUCACUGCCCCGUCUGCAAUUUGCUAAAACAAUAAAUCCCGCUGUUUCAUGGCUUCCACGUGGCAGUGAAUCUCAUAAAUUUCUCUAAAGGUCACUUCCUCAGAACCCUACAGCUUAUAACUUUGUUUUGAGCAGUCAGCGGAGAGCUUCUUACAAGGUAUGGUUUUUGUUUUCACAUUUUGACAUUCUAGUUCAACGGUCUAGAUUUUUUGACUUUGCAGAGAACACAUACUUGUAAAUAUGCAUUUUCUAGGUAUUUACAAACAAGAACUUUGGGAACACCUCAAUUUUGUAGAAGCUGUUCAAAGAAGAGGUAUGCCCUUUUUAAUUAUGCAAAUUCACAAAAAAUAAUUCUAGAAAUGGACGACAACAACCCAGUUGGUAGUUGCAACAUAUUGUAACUUUUUAGAGUUUUUCUUUUUUUUUUUUUUUUCUUUUUUUUUUAAAAAAAGAUGGUGUCUGGCUUAUUAGGCAGAGGAGACAUUCUGUUGCAGCUGUUACAAGACAACUUCUUUCACUGUACAAUGCAUAUUUUUAAGUACAUUUUGCUGGAUUUGUCUCUUUUUUUUUUUUUUUUUUUUUCUCACCACUUCCCAGCUGUACAACAAUCAAAACAGAUUAAUUUUUAAAUGUGAAGUCUUUUUCUUUUCAUGCAUGUUGAGAUGAUCUGGCUGGUUUUUAUCCCUGUUUUUACCAGUUUGUAUUGAUUUAUGGACGGAAAAACAAAAGGAAAAAAAAAAAAGCUUUUUGUUUAACCUACAGAGUCAGAUUUUUGGUAUAUUAUUUGAUGUGUACAAUAACUUGUGACAUUAUCAACAAAUCUAUUAUACUAUUUUACUAAUGUGUGAAUCAAAUAUGUAAUGAUCAUGUUAGCGCUUUUUUUUUCCCUUCCCCCCCUUAUAGUUAGUUGGCAAAUGUGAAGCUGAGGUUGCUCCCUACUGUGUACUGACAUUAAAAAAGCUUUGGUUUUGGUUGGCUAAUCUCUGAAGCUGUGCAAUAUUAAUAUUUCACAACUUCUUUAGAUACAGUUUUAUUCUCGAAGCAGAAGAGAUUGAGCCAAAGGCAUUCUAAAGGAAUUCAUGAUUUUUUGGUGGUUGAUUUCCUUUUAAUACUUCCUGUCAGGAGUCUUUCUUUUGAAAGUAUCAACUUUUUAGUAAACAAAAGCUCUUUAUUUGUGUAAUUGAGUUGGAUUUUAAAUGCUUUCACCUCCCAUCAUUGCUCCAUUUAUUACAAUCUGAGGUGUAUAUUUAAUUGAGAAAUGUUUUGGUAUUUCCUUUUAAAGAAAACAAAGUGAAACCAACUUGUGUGUGGCACACUGAAUGGGAGCAACCUUUUGCCCAGUUAGCAGAGAGCACUGUGUUCAGCCUUCUAUAAACGCCAUCUUUUCCCGUUAUUUGUUGGCUCUCCUCUGUUCUUUCCUUGCUGCAGUGAAUCAAUGGCUCACCUGUUCUCCCUGCUUCCCAGUCCCAUUGGUUCCUUACUUGUGGAUACAAAACAAUGGAUAGAUCUGUUUUGCUCUUCAUUUCAGUUGGUGGUGGUUAUGAUUCAAGGAUUUUGACUGUGUUUUAAAGGUUUAUUUUCUUUUUUAUUUGUUUCUCUAUUAAAGUGUUUUUAUUGAAA